GACUUCUCUUCUACUCUAUGGACUAUGGCCCCCAAAUCAUAGCGAAAAAUGGAUUUUUUUCCUCCCUAAUGAUAGAACAAAUGCUUAAACAAUCAUUAAUAAGGAGCUAAGAACCGAAGCAAAGGCGGCACUUUUAUUUUCGGCCUCGCAGCUCUCAUCAGUCUGAUUCUGAUCUCUCGCUUCAGCAUCUUCAACUCUCUUGCAUUUCCAAGGCACUUCUCAAUCUAGGUUUUCGUUCAAUCCUUUGUAUUCCCCUCCUUUUCUUCUUCUUCCUCGCUCUUUGGUGGGAAGUUUUUUUUUUUUUUUCCUUCUUGAUCUACAAAUUUGUUCCUUUCCACUGGCUCAUCAAAAUUCCAGUUUGAUAUAUUCCUCUUUGUUGUUUGCUAGAUGCAGUUAUUGGUUACGUUUCUAAUUUAUUACUUCUGUCGCAGUUGAAUAUUGGAAAGUUGACGUGUUACUGAAAUUACUUUUUUUUUUCUACUUUUUCCUGGUGGUGGGUUUCUGAUUCUUGUUCACCAACUACUGAUGUUUUAAUCUUCGAUCCAUGUAUGGAUGAAACCUCGAUUUCUCUUUGCUUCCCACUGAAUUCUGGAGCAACGGCCUGCUUUCUACUAGAUCAGAUCUCUCUAACCUAGCCGGAUUCUGUUUUCCAUGGGUCUCUGCCAUGGCAAACCUAUCCAGGAAUCAGAAAGUCAAGCCGAGGACCUUCCGGCUCCUAAAACCCCCCCAAUCUCAACUAAUGAAGAAAUUCCUCCCAUUCCUCUAUCUCCGAAGCCGCUCAAGAUACCAUUUUACAGCCUUAGUCCCCUAAGGGGCUCCUACAAGAACUCGCCGGCUAAUUCGAGCGUGAGCUCGACGCCUUUGCGGUUCUUCAAGCGACCGUUUCCUCCUCCGUCACCGGCAAGGCACAUUAAGGCACUACUCGCUCGUCGGCAUGGGUCACUGAAGCCAAAUGCAGCCUCGAUUCCGGAGGGGGAUGAGGUUGAAUUGGUCCUCGAUAAGAAUUUUGGAUUCUCGAAGCAGUUCUUCUUGAAGUAUGAACUUGGAGAAGAGGUGGGAAGGGGGCAUUUUGGGUAUACUAGUUCGGCCAAGGUGAAGAAAGGCGAGAUGAAGGGUGCGGAGGUGGCUGUUAAGGUUAUUCCAAAGGCAAAGAUGACAACGGCUAUUUCUAUUGAAGAUGUGAGAAGAGAAGUUAGAAUCUUGAGCUCUUUGACCAGUCACAAGAAUCUAGUACAAUUCUAUGAUGCCCAUGAGGAUGACGAUAAUGUUUACAUAGUGAUGGAGUUGUGCAAAGGUGGUGAAUUGUUAGACAAAAUACUUUCGAGAGGCGGCAAAUACUCGGAACAAGAUGCGAAGGUUGUCUUGAUCCAGAUUUUAAGUGUUGCUGCUUUUUGUCAUCUCCAAGGUGUCGUCCAUCGAGAUCUCAAGCCCGAGAAUUUUCUUUUUGCUUCCAAGGAUGAGAAUGCAACCUUGAAGGUCAUAGAUUUUGGUUUGUCAGACUUUGUUAAGCCAGAUGAAAGGCUGAAUGAUAUUGUGGGAAGUGCGUAUUAUGUUGCCCCUGAGGUUCUUCAUAGAUCUUAUGGUACAGAGGCUGAUAUGUGGAGUAUUGGUGUUAUUGCAUAUAUUCUUCUAUGUGGAAGCCGUCCAUUCUGGUCUCGGACUGAAUCUGGCAUAUUUCGAGCUGUAUUGAAGUCAGAGCCUAGUUUUGAUGAAGCUCCUUGGCCUUCUUUGUCUGAUGAUGCUAAGGAUUUUGUGAAGAGAUUGUUGAAUAAGAAUUAUUGCAGGCGAAUGACCGCUGUACAGGCUCUUAGUCAUCCAUGGAUUCGAGAAUUUGAAGAAGUCAAAAUUACCUUGGAUAUUUUUGUUUACAAGCUUGUGAAAGCUUAUGUAGGUUCAUCUUCACUAAGGAAAUCUGCAUUGAGGGCUUUAGCCAAGACCUUGACGGUAUCCCAACUCUCGUAUCUGCGAGAACAGUUUGCUUUACUAGGACCUAACAAAAACGGCUAUAUCUCAUUGCAAAACUUUGAGACCGCCUUAUUGAAGAACUCAACUGAAGCUAUGAAGGAUUCAAGAGUUCUUGACUUUGUAAAAAUGUUGAGCUCUCUUCAGUACAGGAAGUUAGACUUUGAGGAAUUUGCUGCUGCCACAUUAAGUGUUCAUCAGCUAGAAGCAUUAGAUACCUGGGAGCAGCAAGCUCUAAGAGGAUUUGAGCUAUUUGAAAAGGAUGGAAAUAAGCCUAUCAUGAUAGAGGAACUUGCAUCAGAGCUUGGCCUUGCUCCAUCAGUUCCUGUUCAUGUUGUUCUCCAAGAUUGGAUCCGGCAUUCUGAUGGAAAGCUUAGCUUCUUGGGAUUUGUUAAGCUUCUACACGGGGCGUCGACGCGUUCGAUAGCAAAGAUUAGUGAUUGAAAUAGCUAGAAAGUAUUCACUCUUUAGUUGUUGAGGAGCAAGAAAUAGCAGAGAUAUGUAGUGUUAAACAUUCAUAUCUUAACUUUUUUGUUCUGCUCUUCAGACUUCACAGAAAUGUACAGUUGAGAGGGUAAGUGAAAUUGAUGCCUUUGAAUUUGCGUUUAUAAGCCAUGCAACUUCUAUUUUUUU